AUGGGAAGAGGAGCAGAUACAAGUAGGAGAGUACCUUGGUCGAAAACCCGCUUGAAUUUUCAGCGAGUCAAAUCCUUCUUGGACUUGAGAUUCAUAGAUGGACACCAAUGGCUGAGACUGUAG